CCACAUUCACAGAGGCAUUUCAUCGAACAGGUUGUGGGAUCAGGACAGGAGCGGAAAGAAGGGGGGCGACCGACCUGGGAAGAGGGUUUUCAGAACACAAACAGUGAUGGCGUCUGCAGGUGUUGUUGUGGCUGUGUUUUUAGCAGCAGCUGUUCUGUUUUCGAUGGCAGAGGCGGCGGAUUUUCAGGUUGGAGAUGGACAGGGGUGGCAACCGCCUUCCGACUCGAGCUUCUACUCCACUUGGGCCAACGGCAAGACCUUCGCCAUCGGUGACACCCUCACCUUCAAUUUUGCGACGGGGCUUCACGACGUGGCGGUGGUGGCGAAGGCUGAAUACGACGCCUGCAACGUGGCGGCGGCGAACAACGUGAUGAAUACGGGGCCGACCACCGUGACUCUCAACUCCACGGGGAUGCAGUACUUCUUCUGCACUUUCUCCAACCACUGCUCCAGGGGCCAGAAAUUGGCCGUCAACGUUGACGGGGGAGGAGGAGGCGGCUCUUCCGGUUCCCCAACUACGCCGUCAUCGGGCGGCGGAUCUCCCCCGUCCACCGGCGGGAGCGGGAGCCCACCGUCGCCUGCGACUCCCAGUUCGGCGGAGAGUUUCGCGGCGAGCUUCGUUUUGAUCUUGAUUUCCCUUGCCGUCGGUGCCGUGGUUUGGUUUUAGCGACCGUAUUGUGGAGUUGGAUCUGUAUUUUGACUAUUAAUGUACAACACCAUUAUGUGACCAUGUUGAUUAUACUUCAUUACUUUGUAUCUUGCUGAGGUUUCUUGUUGAACUUUUCUUUUUGUAUAUUUUUUGCUCUCAGUUUUAUGAUAUAAUAAAUAAAUUUCAUUGUUUACC